ACUUUUCUUCUGAAACUGGCUGUGUCACUUCCCAGGAGAGUGCACUGUCCCUGCCAACCUAGAGAUCCUUAACAACUUCGGCAGAUUGUAUUGCUUUCCACUUGGAAUUUGUUGUUUCAAGCAGCAGUAUCACAGCAAGGGUAGAUUUAGGAAGACUGCUGCACCGCGGAGGGAGACUGUAAAGAUGCCUCGGAAAUACUCUUUGAAGGAGAGAAGAGAAAUAGGUCUGGAAUUCAAGAAGUUCCUACAUAAUACAGAAAGGUCAGGGGAGGCCAGCAAAGAGACACUGAAGCAUAUCUAUAAUUCUGAAUUUAGAUACAGCGAUGGAAAAAGCCUACCACAUUUCAGUUCUAUACUGCACCCUCUUGUGAUGGCUGGUUAUGCUCAAGUGAGAAGUGGCACUUAUGUGACCCUUGGGACACAGAUUAAAAAGAGGCAGCAGUAUGCUGAUCAGUACAGAAGACCUAGGGAAACGACUUCUUCAGUUGAGACUUUGCCAUCCAAACAUGAAGGACGAAAGUACUGUCAAGACAUUAUUAAAUAUCUAAGAAAACACAGGUCUGAUUACAUCAACAGUAAAGAAGGACUGGACAUAUGUUCUGAGCAUGAUAUCGGAGAUGGUCGAAUAAGAUUUUCUCUUCCGCUUCGGGAAAAGAAAGUUAUACAGAUUUACAUUGAGAACUCAGGCAGUCAGCCUGUUGACGUGUCUUGUAUAGUGCUACGUAAAAUACGUGUACUCCGUUUGGAUCAUUCAAACAUUUCCACCUCAAAGCCUUUGACGCUGAAUCCAGGGGAGCGUCAUCCAAUCAACAUUGAAGCACUUGCUGAGUAUUAUGGAUAUUACUCUAUAACUGCUGCUUUUCAAUUCAGACUGGUGCAGAAAAAGUCAGAGCAGUUUUUUAUUCUGCGCUUCAUUUCUGGUAUUGCUAAGAGCAGGCUGGCUGAAGAGCUGAAGCCCAUUUCACAAUACAAAUGCUACCAGGCUACCAUUCAAAAAUCUAAAACUGCCACCAUUGACGAAGGCGUCCAACCAGACAGUAAUGUGAACCAUGGCCUAAAGUAUUCUGUUCAGCUGAAAAGCUACAAUUAUCCUCCUAUUCUGAAACGGCUGAUCCGUGCGGGGUUUGAUGAAUGUUCUCAACCCUCUGCAGACUUGGAAGAAGAGCUUAAGAGAGUAAAAAAUGUGUUGGACUCUGUGCUAACCUUUGAGAAUUAUACAGAGAGGUUUCAGCUCCUCAUCCACCUGGAAGAAAUUCAGAUGGAGGUAGACAUUAAAAAGUAUGAUAUGCGCGAUGCUCCUCUUGAAAAGGAUGAAAACAGGAGACUUCUAGUUCUUAAGGUGCCAGGUGUUGCUGAGAACAGACCUUCAGUGCUGCGUGGUGAUCACCUGUAUAUUUCUCGACCUGAAGACAGAGAGAAGUCUGAGAUAAUAAAGUACAAGGGCUAUGUUCAUGCUGUGGAGCUGGACAGGGUGAAAUUGGGCUUUUCUGCAAACCUGUUAUCAACAUUUGUAGACAACAUGAAAUUUGAUGUAGAGUUUACCUUUAAUCGUUUACCUCUAAGACUGCAACAUCGAGCUGCAGAAAUGGUGAAAAUGAAUAAACUGAAUGAUGUCCUUUUUCCAUCCUUUUCUUAUGGAAAAUGUAUUCUAUCGCCUGAUAAAAAACUGAAACUCUUUGAUCGAAAACUGGAAGACAACCCUGAACAGUAUGCUGCUGUUAGAAAUAUAGUAGCAGGAUUAUCCAGACCAGCUCCCUAUCUCAUCUUUGGACCACCAGGCACUGGGAAGACCGUUACCAUAGUGGAGGCAAUGAAACAGGUUUUGCAUUGCAUUCCUGACUCUCACAUCCUUGCCUGUGCCCCUUCCAACAGUGCCUCUGACCUCCUGUGUCAACGAUUAAGUGAGCAUGUCGACAAAAGGUUGAUUUAUCGCAUCAUUGCAUCCAGUAGAGACUACAAGAUGAUUCCUGAAGAUGUGAAGCCUUACUGUAACUGGGAUUCCCAACAAGAGAGUUUUGUUUAUCCAAGCAUUGAAGAUCUUCAGAAGUACCGUAUUAUUAUUACUACUCUGGUGACUGCUGGCAGGCUAGUAUCUGCUGACUUUCCAAAGUACCAUUUUUCUCACAUAUUCAUCGAUGAGGCUGGACAUGCUGUGGAGCCAGAAUGUGUGAUUCCCAUUGCAGGGUUGCUGGAGGUGAUGGAUCCUGCAACUAAUCCAGAUGGGGGACAACUAGUGCUGGCUGGAGAUCCAAAACAGCUGGGCCCAAUUCUUCGAUCUCCAAAGGCAAUCAAAUAUGGACUAGAUAUGUCCCUGCUGGAGAGACUGAUGACCCAAAACACACUUUAUCAGAAGGAUGUUGAAACAAAUGUCUACAAUAAGCAAUUUGUUACCAAACUGCUCAGGAAUUACAGGUCUCACCGCAGCAUCUUGGAGAUACCAAAUCAACAGUUUUAUGAUGGGGAACUGUUGGAAUAUGCUAAUGAAAUUAUGAGAUGCUGUUACUGCAACUGGGAUAGUUUACCAAAGAAGGAUUUUCCAAUUAUUUUCUAUGGAGUUCUGGGAGAGGAUGCACGAGAAGGAAAUAGCCCCUCCUUCUUCAAUACAGAAGAAAUAGAUGUUGUAAUUCAGUACCUCAAAUUGCUGCUGCUGGCACAAGGAAAGAAGGGUAUUUCCAAACUCUCACCUAAAGAAAUUGGUGUUAUUACACCAUACAGGAAGCAGGUGGAGAAACUGAGACGAGCAAUAAAUGACCUGGACAAAGAUCUAAAAAGCUUGAAAGGCAUCAAAGAUCUGAAGGUGGGCUCCGUGGAGGAAUUCCAGGGCCAAGAAAGAAGAGUGAUAAUAAUUUCAACUGUACGCACCAGCGGGGACUACUUGAAGAUGGAUGAGGAGUUCAGUUUGGGUUUUGUUAAAAACCCCAAGAGAUUUAAUGUGGCAAUGACCAGAGCCAAGUCCCUUCUAAUCGUGGUGGGAAAUCCAGUCAUCCUCUCUAAGGAUCCCAUAUGGAUGAAGUUCAUAAAUUACUGUUCUGAGAAAGGUGGUUGGACUGGUUAUGUUUCUACUGGAGACGAUGGUGAAGAUGAUCUUGUGGCCCAGCUAACUUCUCUUCAGCUAAACCCAGUACCAGAAGAGACCGCCAAUGUUGAACCUGAGUGGAGAAAUGACCUGUGAUUCUGGUUGUCCAUUAAGGUUUGUUCACUAAAACAAUACAAAAUACAAAGUUGGAUACUAUUACUGGACUCUGGAAUCCAAUUUACAAAGAUUCUUUAAAAGAGAGAUGGAUUUCUGCAUCUUUCAGACUCUUCAGUUGAACAAGUUCUUGAAUUUUAGUUAAUUAAGCUAGUUGCUGGAUGAUUCACGCCAUAUGUCAUAUUUUACUGUUUUAAAGCCAUUUCAAAUAACCAUUGUAUCAGAGUCAUUCUGUUGCUGAAAAUGGCUGUUCUGCUUCAGGUUUUUGAGAAUAGAGUAGCUUUUUGGUGAUUUGCCAUCAAGGCUAGUAGAAAAUGACCUUUUAUUCAUGUAAACAUGUUGUAUAAGAGUGACAACAUCCCCUUUAGUAAUACGACAGGCAAGUUCUGGUUUCUGGAAUGAAAGCUUGUUUAUAGCAAGACAUCAGAUUUUUAGUCACAACCAUAUUUAAAGCAAUGCACAAUGCCACAUUAAAAUGCUGAACCAUCAUCAUUCAUACAAUACUAAAUCUUUAUUUUUGUUGGGGGACUACCCUUCAGUGCACUGACUUACCCCAGUCUCUAUAAUCUACUUCCUCUGAGACGACACACUCAGAGAAAAUGUAAAACUAAAAAGAGAAACUUGCCUGAAACUCGCUCUUUCAAUGAGUCCCAUAAAUUUGUAGGAAUCCUUAACAUGACUUAUGGGAUACCAGCAUCCGAUAUGCUAGCACAUCAACAACAUGACAAUUCAAGUGCCAACAAAAGUAUUACUGGACAAAUCACAGUCUUCCAUACUAUGUACCUGUCUGUACCUCAUUCCAAUGUACAUCAGCAUUCAUACAGAUAACUGGCUGGAAUCCUUUGCAGUCCUCCGCUUUUGUUUCUGUGUUGGCUUUGAUUGUGUAUUCUGUAGGUGUCCCUGCUAGUCAGCAAACACAGCCAGUAAAAUGUGCUGAAUGGAAUAUUUGUUACCUUAUCUGCUACCAAAAUCAAACAGUUGGUCUAAAAUUAUCCAAAUGUUUGUGCCCCAAAGCAAUAAUCUAAAUAACUGUGUCAAAAAAGUAAAACCUCAAUCAGCCCAUUUUGUCUUAUUCUCAAACUGCCAAUCCAAUAAAUUGCGUCAGAAUCUGAAAAAAAAAACUCUUGAUUUAAACUGAAAGAUGUAAUUGGCCAGAUUAUGUACCCAUAUUCUAAAUCCUCUCACACUAGGAGAAAGUUUUAAGUACAAAAAAAAAAUAGAUGUAGUUUGCAAGAUGAAAAGUGUACUCUUCCCAUUCUGCCAUUUUGGUUUAGGCUGCUGACUACUACAACUCUGUCAUUAAGGCUGCGCAUGUGUUACUUUAACUCUAUGGUAGAAAACUGGAAAGAUACAAUCUAUAAACUUGUGGGAGGUUUGAGUGGAGUAAAAUCUUUACAUCUUGUGUGUGUGUUUGUGUGUGUGUAUGUAUGUGUAUAUAUAUAUAUAU